UGAGAAUUUAUUUUGUCCUGAAGUUAAACUGCAAAUUUCGAUGGCUAGUGCAUAUAGCGUGUUAUAUCGCUCAGUUGCACUGUGUUUUUUCAUUUACAUAGUAUUUUAUACUUAUCAACUGUUUCAUGGCAAUGGUCCGUUUCAUUUCAAGGACCUGGCAUUUUUAUUGCGUUUUCUUACCAUCCUGACAAUAGUAAGAUAUUUUGAUACACAGACUUAUUGGUGUUUCAGUCACUUCAAAUUGUUUACUAUGCUUUGGCGACUCCUUUACAGUAUUUAAAAAACUUUAAAAUGCACAGCUCAUUAUACGCUCUCGCAUUUACGGCCAAUUUAAUUGUGUGUAUUAUGUUCUGGGGCAUUUUCAUCGCAGAUAAGGCUUUGUUGAUGAAGGAAUCUGAAAUGAAAUUUGUCCCAUGGUGGUAUAAUCAUGCUUGUCACACUGUUGGAACUCCUGCCAUCAUAAUUGACGCUUUACUAUGGAGACCAACAAUCGUUCCUAUAUCGAACUCAGUCAUGCUUCUUCUAGCAUACUUCGGUGGAUAUGUAGCCUAUGUGGAAUACCUUAUACGCAUUCAUCGUUUCUACCCUUAUCCCAUACUUGCGGUUUUCUCGGAUAUUGGACGAUUUGGAUUUUAUUCAGUGGUGAUCAUCGCUACUAUCCUUUGCUUCGGAGUCGGUGUACUGAUGGUUCGCUCUCUAAAUAAGACUCAACAUAAAAGGUUCACUUCAAAAACACAGCAACGAACAGAGCGAAAAGAGUCUACUCCUGUUCAGAGUAGACACAAGAAAUCUAAGAAGAUGGAUUGAAAUGUGAAAUGGCAGAACAAUAUUCUGGCUUUCUCAGUGUCUCCUAAUUUUUCUUCUCAUCAUCAUAACUGCAACUACCGCUACAAUUAAAAUCCUCAGGAAACAAAUGAAUUUUUUUCUCUCCACAGCGCUAUUCUGUAUCGUCGUUGUCCUCCCUCUCUUAUUUAUUUGUAAAUUAUGUCGUUAGUGUAUUUUUUGAUCGUCACUUUUUCCCUUCAUUUUGAUGGGAAUCUGGCAUUAAUCCACAUUGUUAUUCGAAACUAAUUUUCUAACGUUCCCUUAGUCAAUUGAAAUAUGUUGUCUCUAUUUAUCCUUUAUUUUAAGAAAUAGUUUAUAUAUAUUUGUGCGACAUUUAAAUUUUUUAAUAAUGAUGCUCAUUUACCACAUA